CGAAUUUUACAACAGUGGUCUCAAUUCACGAUCUGUCUGUCUGCCUGUCUCUCCCAAACUCAAACUCAAACUCAAACUCAAACUCAAACAGUGGUUCUUGAACGUGAAGCUUGGAAGAUGCAAGCUCCAAAUUUUUCAAACCGGCUAUCACCAGUGGACCGCUGGCUGUCACUGGUGACUGGCAUUUCGAGUAGAAGAAGCUCAAGCUCGUUCGUUUCAUUAGGGUUUCGUAAAUUCCAGUGCUGCUCCGUUCAGUCUCCAUCUUUAGUUUUGGAUGAGACGAGAUUCAUUAAAGCAUCAAAAAAUGGGAACUUAAUUCCUUUGUGCGAAAUCAUUUUCUCGGAUCAGUUGACACCCGUGCUUGCUUAUCGGUGUCUGGUUAAGGAAGAAGAUAGAGAGGCUCCGAGCUUCCUCUUUGAAUCUGUCAAGCCUGGUUACCGCACUUCCACUGUUGGCCGAUAUAGCAUGGUAGGAGCACAACCGACAAUGGAAAUAGUGGCAAAAGAGAACAAGGUCACAGUGUUGGACCAUGAAGAAGGGACAAAAAUUGAGAAGUUCGUAGAGGACCCAAUGAUGGUUCCAAGAAAUAUUUCAGAGGAUUGGAGACCACAAUUGAUUGAAGAACUUCCUGAUUCAUUUUGUGGUGGAUGGGUUGGUUAUUUCUCAUAUGAUACGGUUCGUUAUCUAGAGAAGAAAAAGCUUUCAUUCACGAAUGCACCAAGAGAUGAUAGAAACCUUGCUGACAUUCAUCUUGGACUCUAUGACGAUGUUAUCGUGUUUGAUCAUGUAGAGAAGAAAGUAUUUGUAAUUCAUUGGGUCCGCUUGGAUAGAUUCUUGUCUGCUGAGGAGGCUUACAACCACGGAAUCACACGCUUGGAACAAUUGGUGUCUAGAGUAAAAGACAUUGAUCCUCCAAGGCUAUCUCCAGGUUUCACAGACCUGCAUAAUCACAAGUUUGGACUCAAUUUAACCAAAAGUAACAUGACAAGUGAGGAAUAUAAGAAUGCCGUUGUACAAUCAAAAGAGCAUAUUUUAGCGGGGGAUAUCUUGCAGAUUAUCUUAAGUCAACGCUUUGAAAGAAGUACAUUUGCUGACCCAUUUGAAAUCUACAGAACUUUAAGAGCUGUGAAUCCUAGUCCAUACAUGAGUUAUUUGCAGGCUAGAGGGUGUAUUUUGGUUGCUUCAAGCCCAGAACUUCUUACUUGUAUCAACAAGAAAAAGAUUGUUAAUCGACCCUUGGCUGGAACCAUUAAAAGAGGGAAGACGCCUCUUGAGGAUGAGAUGUUAGAAUGUAUGAUGCUAAAGGAUGAAAGGCAAUGUGCAAAACACGUUAUGCUAGUUGAUUUGGGCCGAAAUGACGUCAGAAAGGUCUCCAAAUCUGGUUCUGUUAAAGUCGAGAAGCUUAUGACUGUUGAGCGAUAUUCCCACGCGAUGCAUAUCAGCUCUACAAUCACAGGGGAGUUGCUCGAUCAUUUAACUUGCUGGGAUGCACUGCAAGCUACAUUACCAGUUGGAACAGUUAGUGGAGCGCCAAAGGUGAAGGCCAUGGAGCUGAUUGAUCGAUUUGAAGUAACAAGACGAGGACCUUAUAGUGGAGGGUUUGGACGAAUUUCGUUUACAGGAGAUAUGGAAAUUGCACUGGCACUCGGGACAAUGAUAUUCUCUACUGGAGCCCGUUAUGACACAAUAUAUUCGUACAAACAUACCAACAAGCGGCAAGAAUGGGUUGCUCACAUUCAAGCUGGAGCCGGAAUUGUGGCUGAUAGCGAUCCCCAUGAGGAGCAGAUUGAGUGUCAAAGAAAAGCUGCUGGGCUUGUCCGCACAAUUGAGCUGGCUGAAUCAGCGUUCGUAAACGAACAGCCAGCAAAGAUUAACAAUGCAUUGCCAGUCCAACCGUCUGUAUCACAAUGAAUCGUCAUUUUUUUUAAUCUCAAUAGCUCCUUUUGACUUCUCAAAAAGUCGUGACAUGGUUUAGAUGGUUGUUUCUUGUUUGAUCAAUAAUAAUAUGAAUAGACUAAUGAUAGAUAGAUUAAAUGUAUGUCUGGAGAACUAUUCAUCUACUACUCGUGAAGUGUUCUUCUUCUA